AUGGAUAAAUCAUGGAUUAAGAAGCCACACACAUCGGAUGAAUAUGAUCAAGGGAUAAAGGAAUUUAUUAAUUUUGCCUUUCGAGAUGAAUUAGAAAAUGGCGAAAUAAUAUGUCCUUGUAAACGUUGUGGUUUCAAAAAACCGCAGAGUAGAAGUGUAAUGUAUGAUCACUUAAAGUGCAAACCAUUUCCAAAGGGAUACACCAUUUGGGUACAUCACGGAGAGUCCAUAGGAGAAACUAGUACUAUCUCACCUAUUAGUAUUUCUAAUAUAGUUCAAGACACAGUUGUCGUUGAUGAUCAAAUGCAAAACAUGAUUAACGAUGCUUUUGGAGUCGAAGAUCAUGCAAAUGAAGUACCCAUUGAAUCAAAUGCAGAGAAGGAUAAAAAUGCAAGUCAACAAAGGUAUGAAGAGGCCAAAGAGUACUAUGAAUUAAGUAGAGAAGGAGAAAAACCUUUGUAUGAAGGGUGUGUUAAAUAUUCAAGACUAUCUUUUUUGGUAAAGUUGUAUCACAUCAAAUGUUUAUGUGGAAUGACUAAUAAAGCCAUGACAAUGGUUUUAGAGUUAUUAAAAGAUGCAUUUGAAUUUGCAAAUAUACCAAAUUCAUUCUAUGAAGCCAAGAAAACAAUCACCAAGCUUGGUUUAAAUUAUGAAAAAAUCCCUGUUUGUCCGAAUAAUUGUAUGCUUUAUUGGGGUAAUAAGGAAGAUGAAGAAAGGGAGACCUGCAAAAUUUGUAAUACUUCGAAAUGGAAAUCAAAAGCAAAAGUUGGUGCAGUUGGAGUGUCUGGUGAUGGCAAUAAUCGAAAGAAAGUUCCUGCAAAAGUUCUUCGCUAUUUUCCAUUAAAACCACGGUUACAAAGAUUAUUUUUGUCGUCAAAGUCGGCCGAGGAUAUGAGAUGGCAUGCAAAUGAUAGUAAGAAUGAUGGAAUGUUGAGGCAUCCUAGAGAUUCUGAAGCAUGGAAACAUUUUGACUUGACACACCCUUGGUUUGCAUCAGACCCGCAAAAUGUGCGUCUUGCAUUAGCUAGUGGUGGUUUUAAUCCUUUUGGGCUGGGUACACUUUCUGGGUGGAACACUUACACUGGACUUGCUUGCCCAUCGUGUAACAUGGACUCUACUCCUCGUCGUCUUCCACAUAGCAAAAAAUGGUGUUUUAUGGGUCAUCGUCGUUUUCUUGAUCAGAGACAUAGAUUUAGAUUGAACAAGGUUCGCUUUGAUGGUCAACAAGAUAUGCGUGGUCCACCUAAAAUGUUAUCUGGGCUUCAAAUUCUUGAACAGGUUCAAAAUAUUGAUGUCACAUUUGGUAGAAAGCCAGAUAAAGAAAGGUCGGGAAAAAGAAUACGUGGUGGACGACCUACACAAGGUGUCAAUCAACAAUGGAAAAAGAAAAGCAUAUUCUUUGAACUUCCAUAUUGGAAGGAUAAUCUUCAUUCUUUGAACUUCCAUUUUGGAAGGAUAAUCUUCUGCGCCACAAUCUUGACAUGA